CCGAAAAUCCAAUCUUGAAAGCACACAUCUCUCCGCUACUCUACUCUCAAAUAGUGUUUUUGUGAAUAUUGAUUGAAAGAUGUCAUCUUUUGCACAGCAAUUUGGUGGGUUAAAAAGCCCGCCAAUCUCAACUACGCUCCCCAAAAAAACUUCCAAGAAUCGUCACUGCACAGUGCUGCCAAGAAAGAGAAUUGCGGUGUCAGCUGCUGCAGUGCCCAUCACAAAUGCACAGACGAGGGAGAGAGCGAAGCUCAAAGAUAUGUUCGAGGAGGCCUAUGAGAGGUGUCAAACGGCCCCCAUGGAAGGUGUUGCAUUUACCAUUGAAGACUUCCAUUCCGCUCUUGAGAAGUAUGACUUCAACUCUGAAAUAGGAACCCGGGUGAGAAUUUUAUAUUUUUCAAAUUAUAUACCUACAGGUAUUUUUUGUUCCUGUAUAUAUAUUAUAAUGGUGUGCAUAAACAAGUUUGUCUUUGAUUGGUUUUGCUCGAAUAAGAUUUUUUCUGAUCAUUUACAAACAAGAUUUUUUAUAUUGUUAUUGGGGAUGAAAAAUGACGACAAGUUCAGAUGCAAAAGUCUGCAGGGAAGGAAGGAUUUUUCUCUGCAAGCUUCUUUUGUAGUGUGGAUGAAUUCACUUUGGAUUUGGAUGCAGGUUGCUGGCGCAAAUAAAGGUGGAGUGGUGGCAGUGGUGGAGGGACUUCGUGGAUUUGUUCCCUUUUCACAAAUAUCAACAAAAUCAACGGCAGAGGAGCUUCUAAAUGUAGCGCUGCCCCUUAAAUUUGUCGAGGUUGACGAAGAACAAUCUAGGCUUGUCCUCAGUAACCGCAAGGCCAUGGCUGAUAGUCAGGCACAGCUAGGAAUUGGGUCAGUUGUAGUUGGUACUGUUCAGAGCUUGAAACCUUAUGGCGCCUUCAUCGACAUUGGUGGAAUCAAUGGACUUUUGCAUGUGAGCCAGAUCAGCCACGAUCGCGUCUCAGAUAUUGCUACUGUUCUUCAGCCUGGUGACACUUUGAAGGUCAUGAUACUAAGCCAUGAUCGUGAAAGGGGCCGAGUGAGCCUUUCUACUAAGAAGUUAGAGCCCACUCCUGGUGACAUGAUUCGUAAUCCCAAGCUUGUCUUUGAGAAGGCAGAAGAGAUGGCUCAGACAUUCAGGCAAAGAAUUGCUCAAGCAGAAGCCAUGGCUCGUGCUGACAUGCUCAGAUUCCAACCCGAGAGUGGAUUGACCCUCAACUCUGAUGGGAUCUUGGGGCCUCUGACUUCAGACUUGCCUGCAGAAGGUUUAGAUUUAAGUGAUAUCCCCCCAGCUACAGAAUGAUUCAAGAAGUUGCUCCUGCUUUCAUUGUUUAUCUUACUAGGAUUGUAAUCAAAUGGUUUUUAGCCUUUGAGCUCCGUAGAUUACAGCCUCAGUCUUGUCAUAAACAUCUUGAUCCCACAUUAUUAAUUUUCCUUUCAUGUCUGUAUUUCA